AAAUUCGUUUCUGUUGUUGUUGUUUUUUUUUUGUCGAUACACGUCGCCUUCCUCGCUUCUUGAAUUGAACCCCAAAAGCAAAAGCAAGGCGAGGAAACCGUUGGGAAUUCGAAGUUUCGAUUUCUCUGAUUCGUGUUUAGAUUUGGAAAAGCAGAGACCGAAAUCAUACCUGGGAUCCAAGAUUCAAAUUCCUCGGGUUAAUCAAAUUUUCUAUUCGACUUUGAAAUUUAUAUUUGGGAAAAAUAUUGGGAGAAGAAGGUAAACGUAAAAAACUGGAGGUUUAGCGAAUAGCGAUGUUGGGUGUCGAUCGUUGUGGCUUUGAUGUUGAAAGUUGUUCAUUUCAUUUAGCUGAAUGGCAUCCUUUGGAGCAGUAAAGCUGAUUAGGGCUUCAAGCCCUCCUUCAUUGUUCUUUAUUUUUUAAAUCAGGUUCAAGAAUCGUUCUUCAUUUGUAACUUACAACUUUCAAGGUUUCAGUUGUUCUAAUGUUAAGUAACAGCUUUUCAUUUGUUAGGGCAAUGGGCUGUUUUGGUUGCUUUGGCUUCACAACUAAGCCCAAACAAUCUGCUAGGCCCAAUUGCAGGUCAAAUUUUCAACUGUCCCAGGAAAUUUUGUUAGAUGAAGAAAUAGAAGAUGAUGAUUGCUCAUAUAAUGGUGAUGUUACCAGCACUGCUGUUGGAGACGAGGCUGAGCCUCUAGGCCGUGGCAAGCGUUCUGAAGAGAUUUUGAGGUUCAAACUUAACAAUGGAUUAACUUGCAGGCAGUAUCCUGUCAAGGAAACCAACAUGAUUAUACGCUCUGAGGAUGAAAAUGGGAAUAAGAUGAUUAAUGAGUAUGUACGGGAAUGUAAGAUUGGUUCUGGCAGCUAUGGGAAAGUGGUUCUUUAUCAAAACGAUGUAGACGGGAAACACUAUGCUAUUAAGGCCUUUCAUAAGUCUCAUUUAUUAAAGUUGCGGGUUGGUCCGUCAGAGACUGCAAUGACUGAUGUUCUUCGUGAGGUUCUAAUCAUGAAAUUUUUGGAACAUCCCAAUAUAGUUAAUCUCAUUGAGGUGAUUGAUGACCCAGCAAUGGAUCAAUUCUACAUGGUUCUUGAAUAUGUUGAAGGCAAAUGGGCUUGUGAGGAUUCUGGUCCUCGAGGAGGCAUUGGAGAAGAGACUGCUAGGAAAUAUGUGCGAGAUAUAGUAUCUGGGCUUAUGUACCUCCAUGCUCAUAAUAUUGUGCAUGGGGAUAUAAAACCUGAUAAUUUGUUGAUUACUGGAACGGGUACUGUGAAGAUAGGAGAUUUUAGUGUCAGCCAGGUGUUUGAGGAUGAUAAUGAUGAGCUUCGCCGUUCUCCCGGGACUCCUGUUUUCACUGCACCUGAGUGCUGUCUAGGUUUAACAUACAAUGGAAAAGCUGCAGACACGUGGGCUCUAGGAGUUACUUUGUACUGUAUGGUACUUGGACGAUAUCCGUUUCUUGGUGAAACGCUACAAGAUACAUAUGACAAGAUUGUUAAUAACCCACUAAUUCUGCCAAAUGACAUGAACCCGGAGUUGAGAAACUUACUCGAAGGCCUUCUCUGCAAAGACCCAAAACAGAGGAUGACUUUGAAUGAUGUAGCAGAGCAUUCUUGGGUUAUGCGAGAAGACGCACCGACGCCCCAGUAUUUAUGUUGGUGUAAGCGAAAUAGCUAUUACCCGUCGGAAGAAUAUAACAUUUGAUGGGAACCGGUUAGAUUAUCUUCUUCUGCCGUCGACAUUUCAGCUUAGGAAAAGAUGCAGAAAGCCUUAUGACUUGUGCAAAAUGAAGAAACCACAUCACAUGUGACCAAAAAGUGUAACGUCAAUGAGGACUAGAAGAGACCAUAGGAUCCUACUAACUACUAUUAUUGUUAUUGUUUAAUGGUUGCGAAAUUUUGUUUGUCGCUUGACCUGGC